AAGACACUAUAUUCCCUACGGCGCCAAAGAGUACCUCGUACGGACAAAAACGGGAGUUCAAUGAUAUCUCGAAUAGUAGCAAUGUGGCCUCCGAAGCAAGGGCAUGGAUAAUGAUACACGCCAGAUGGUAUACGGAGGCACAAAAGCCACCCCCGAAGGUUCUGUAUAGCCGAAUAGUCCCUCGAAAUGGAUACCAGCAAAUGUAAUUGGGCCAGAUUGAGUAAGCAUGGGUUCUGGAAGGUUUACGAGACGGUCGCCGGGCCGGUAACGCUGAUCCUGUUUCCUUGCCUGUGCAUCUAUCUAUUCUGGAAGCGCGACAUCGGUACUUUCUUCCGACAGGCUGUUUAGUGUUUACCCAGGUCUUGGUUGUUGCGGAACACAGCAUGAUGAUCAGCAUUACUAAUUUGGAAAAGUAAGCGUUGCCUGGUCAACAAUCGAUAAGCUCAGUGUAAACGAAGAGUUGAAUUUCCCGC